AGUAAUGUCAAAAAUUUUAACAACAAAUAAACAAGUUGUUGAAAUAGGGUGAAUAAUUGUGUUAAGUGAUAAUGUUCUCACUUCAGAAGUUGAAUUUCAUGCUAAGGGUUUCUAAAUCUGUCGCUCAAGAUUUUUCAAGUUUAUUAGUCAAGGGUAAAUCUUACUCAAAACCACUUGUACGUCCCAAAAAUGUUUUCAUGCAAGAAAUUACUCGCAGGUUUGCCGACCCUGUUUGUAAGUUUCCGACCUUCCCACUCCAAAUGGAUCCCAGCUGUCGAGUCGCAAUCAUCACUGGAGGGGAGUCAGGCAUUGGUCUAGCGGCUGCUAAGGACUUGCUAAAAAAUGGAGCUCAAGUGGUAGUGUUGGCGGGGGUUGGAGACGGAGAGCCUGUCGUCAAACAGCUCAAUGAAGAACACGGUGCGGAUCGAGUCUGCUUUAUGCACAUGGACGUCAAUGAUCCCCGUGACUUUGAAGGUAGUCAAGGCAGUUUACUAGAACUUUUCUACAGAGUAGACUUAGUCUUUGGUGGAGUAGACAUUGUGUUCAACAAUGCUGGGAUAAUGAGAGAUGACGUUUGGGAGUACGCGAUCGACGUUAACUUGAAAUCUGUUAUCAGAGGAACAAUCCUUGGGGUGAAUUACAUGGGAAGAAACGGAAAAGGAAAGCGUAACGGCCAAGGACUUAUCAUCAACCAUGCCGACAUAGCUGCUCUUGAAGGUUUUCCAUACACUCCGGGCUAUGUAGCCUCCAAGGCAGGCGUCGUAGGUGCUACGCUCAGUUUUGGCGCGGAGUACCACUACAAAAACACAGGCGUGAGAGUUGUUGGGUUGUUGAGUGGCCCAACCGAGACCGACAUGAUUACCAACACGACAGAGAAACAACUCAGUCCGGACAUGGGACGAGCGGCAGUCGCAGCCUUGCGUGAAGCCUCUCUGCAGAGUUCGACCGUCGUAGGAAAAGCUGUAACUCAUAUUGUCAAGUACGCUCCAACGGGAAGCUUCUGGGCCGUGCAGAAAGGAGAAUUAUUCUUGACGGAGUUUCCGAACUGGAAGUCUUUCAGCCGCAAAGUAACUCAACUAUGAUUGAUUGUAAAAAACGUCUUGUGUGUAUGUGUUGUGUGUUGGAGUAAGUUUUCUCACUUUGUUAUAAUUAUUUUUUUAAUUUAA